UCCCAUUUGAUUUACCAUUAAAUUAUUAGAAAAUUAAGUACUUUUGAAGUUAUUGUAUUAAUAAGAAGUUUAAUUUUGUAUUAAGUUUUUUUUGCUACAUUAUAAUAUGACUGAAAACAAGUGCUUUUGGUGUAAAGUUGUAACGGUGACUUUGUUGGGUGCAAUGAGCUCCAUUCUGUUUGUACUAUCAUUGAAAGUUGAUUACCAAUGGGUACUAACACAAGAGCACAUUCGUUUUCGCAAGGGCUUUCCCACACAAGGAAAUUGGAUAUCAUCUCCCUAUGGAACUCUGAAGAGCUACCUGUUUAAUGUCACUAAUGGCGAAGCUUUUCUUAAUGGCACCGACUCGAAAAUAAAUGUGCAAGAAAUAGGUCCGAUUGUAUAUCGCAUUAAAGGGAGGAAUGAAAUUUUAAAUCAAAACGACGAUAGUGUGACUUAUCAAAAAUUACGUUAUGACGAAAUAGAAUUCGAUCCGGACGCUAGUUGUGCACCAGAUAUAUUAAAUCAGACUGUUAUUUUACCUAAUUUCAUUUUAUUCGGAACCGCUGCUAAGUUGCAUGAUUGGGUCUUUCUAGUCAGAUAUGCAUUUAACGCCAUUACAGUUAAAGAGCCGGCGCUAAUAAAACAAACUAUAAAUUACUUUCUUUGGAAUUUUACAACACCUGCAUUGAAUUCCCUAUCGAGCUACGUACCAAAUAUUGUUUCGAAUUGUGGAAUGCUCCAUAAUGCGCUUAAAAAGAAGGAAGAAAUAUAUAAUGUGAAAAUAGGAACCAAAAAUGGCAUAGAAAACUUCUUUAAAGUCAACAACCUUAAUAAUAAAACAUAUUUUCCCGAACAAAGUAAUCGUUUAAAAAAUUCAAAGCACGAUUAUCAGUAUUGUCCGAUAGAUUUAGCCGAAACCUUCGACAAUUCGUUGUUUACGCCAUAUUUGGAUCCUCUACGUGAAAUCAAUAUUAUUGCGGGAGAAGCUUGUAGGACUCAUCGAUUAAAUUAUGUAGACAUCGUGAAGCAUUUGGGUUUUACAGGGUAUCGGUUCGCUAUUAAUGACGACUCCGUUGGGUCGAGUUGUUUGGACAACGCCAUGGGGAUAAAACUACAUAAAGGAAUGUUUGAUGUAUCUAAAUGUCUUUUUAACGACGUGCCCUCUGCAUUUUCCCUUCCACACUUUUACGGUUCAUCAUAUAAUUGGAGCGAGCAUUUUGAAGGACUAUCUCCAAACAGAGAGAGCCACGAAGCGACGGUAAUAAUUGAACCUAUUUCGGGCAUACCAAUUGAAGAAAAAUAUAGGUUCCAAUCAAACAUUCCGUUGCCAGAUAUGACUGGCUACAGCAAAGAAUUACAACGAUUUAGUAAAAUGGUUAUUCCUACAUUUUGGUAUGAAUAUGAUCUUGAGGACUUGCCAUCGAUGGUACUUUUUUUGAUGCGAUUCAACAUAUUUAUUGUUCCAAUAGCUCAACCGAUUUGCAUGGGUGUUUUUUUGAUUUUAACGAUAUGGAGUUUUUUUUAUGUGUGUCUAACACUUAAAGGCAUCAAAAUGUCUUAUCUGCUAUAUAAAUUUCGAAGUGAAAAAAAUAAAUAAUAUAUGUGUAAUCUGAUUCUGUUUUAAAAAAGGAACGAAAGCGCAAAAUAUUAAUUAUAUUUAUAAAAUACAUUUCACAGACCAUGGAAUACUUUGAAAAAAUCAAUUUUUUGUUUGCGGUCCACAAUAGUCUUUUGGUUUAGGGUUAUUGUUUCUUAGGUUUAUAAUGAUAUUCGAAUAUUUCAAUUAAAAUAGAUGACCACAUUUUUGGUGCCUGUUAUUGUCGGCUCAUUGCUUCAAUAAACCCUAUCUGUACAAGCCGAAAAAAAUAAUUUUUUC